CCAGCACAGCUCAGCUCUGGGGACCAGGAAGUGGUUAGCUGAAGAGGACAGCGUUCUUUCAGGCUCUUUUGCUGAGCUUGCCUGUCUUCACUGCAUGCAGUCUCUGGUUCCUGGCUUUCAGAUGAUGUCCUGGCAAGAGAAGCAUGAGGGCCCCCAUCCAUGUCUUAUCCGUCAACUGGAUCACCUGGUGCUGACUGUGAAGAGCAUUGAGGACACCAUAGGCUUUUAUUCCAAAGUCCUGGGUAUGGAAGUGGUCACUUUCAAGGGCAACCGGAAAGCGCUACGUUUCGGGAACCAAAAGUUUAACCUCCAUGAGGCUGGGAAGGAGUUUGAACCCAAGGCUCGCAGACCAGUUCCUGGUUCCACAGACGUCUGCCUGAUCACAGACACCUCGCUAGACCAGCUAGUGGGACACCUGAAGGCCUGUGGUGUGACUAUUGAAGAAGGCCCAGUGCCCAGAACUGGUGCCAUUGGUCCAAUCACAUCCAUCUACUUCCGAGACCCAGAUGAAAACCUGAUUGAGGUUUCCACCUACAGCACUGAUUUGGCUAUCGACGGAGUGAAGCAUUAGCCACAAUCCUCCUUUCACACACACACCCCAACCUCCUCAACACUAGAGGCAAGCAAAGAAGGCUGUGAUUUUUCUUUGUUCAUUUGCAGUGCAUUGCAGGAUGGGGUUUGAGAAGACAUCAGUUUGUGCCCAUGUCCAUUCGGCCAGGCUCCUGAUAUAGUGGGACAUAUCAGGCAUCAUCCCCAAAGGAAACCUGCACAACACAUUCAAAAGAUGAGCCAGGGCUUGGAGCUUAAAUUCAUGUCUUCUAGACACUAAAAAUCAGGGACUGAACAGAGAUACUGGAUUUAUGACUUAUUACAACAAUCUGCUACCCACUAACUCCCCCCACUUUUUGUCCUAUGACUGCAGAGGUGUUAACUCUACCUUGAAAAGUCCCGUGCAAUAUGUGCUAACUACUUAUGCUAAACAAUCGGUUCCACCGUUCAUUUGCAGUGAUGCUGGGAGCACCUUUCCCAGCCCUGAAGAAGAGCUCUGUGUGGCUCACAGCCUGGCUUUCCCACCAACAGACGUUUUCCUAGAUGGUAAAUUCCCUGGGGCAGGGACUAUCUUUUUGUUCUGUGUUUGUACGGCACCUAGUGCAGCGGGGUCCUGAUCCAUGAAUGGUGCUUUGAAGCGCUAAUGGAAUGCAACUUCUAAAGCAAUACUAAGUAGGGCCCUACCAAAUUCACGGUCCAGCAGCAACACAGAAGUAAGGAUGGCAUGGUAUGGUAUUGUCACCCAUACUUCUGCUCGGCUGCCUGCAGAGCUGGGCCCUCAGUCAGCAGCCACCACUCUCCAGCCGCCCAGCUCUGAAGGCAGCAGUGCAGAAGGAUGACCUGGUAUGGUAUUGCCAUCCCCACCUUCAGAAAUGGGCACCCUGCCAACAGGCACCACUCUCCAGCCAUCCAGCUCUGAAGGCAGCACAGAAGUAAGGGUGGCAGUAUCAUGACCCCACCCCCACCCCAGAAUAACUUUGUGACUCCUCUGCAAUUCCCUUUUGGGUCAGGACAGCCAAUUUGAGAAAUGUUGAUCUCCCCUGUGAAAUCUGUACAGUAUAGGGUAAAAGCACACAAAAGAGCAGAUUUCACGGUAGGAGAUUUCAUGGUCCGUGAUACAGUUUUCAUGGCCAUGAAUUUAGUAGGGUCCUAAUAAUAAGGGCCAGUGUGUAGGAGACUCAAGUAUGAAUCAACCACUAGAUGGCAGCAUUGCUUAAAGUCGUCUCUGAAAGUGACAGUAGCUGCUGAGCUAGCUGGAGACCAGAAUCAGCCCAUCAAAGGAAAUUAUAUAGGGCCAGAUCCUCUGCUGGUGUAAUUUGGUGUAGCUCCAAAGCAGGAUCUGGCCUGUUAACUGGUCUGCAGGGCUCGGGACAAGGGCUGGAUGAGCCUGGGAUAUGGAGCUUUUCAGCAUAGUCACUCGUUCACUUCAUCCCGUUAUUGAAUGCUGCUUGGUCGUAUAUGUCAAACGCUUUGGUGGAUCUCCGAUCUGUUCCCUGCAGAUGGGAGAGACUGCACAGAAAGUGUCCCUGAGACCUCAGACUCUUGCUUCCUGCUCCUCAAAUCCCCACAAGGCAAGAGAAUCCCUGCCCGGAGGAGAUUACAAUGGCACAUGGCAGUACAGAGAUUGCAUGCCAGACAGCCCGGUUUCAAGGGCUAAGUAAGUGGCUGAUUUGGUUGAUAUGUAGAGGCAUAAAGGAGAAGGGGGAGGGGAAGGGUAGGUGAAGCAUGGAAAGGAGUAUGUUUGCUCAAAGCAGAGCAGGCUCUAUUAAAAUUAAAAGGCGUGGCGAUGGUAGCAGAGAAAGGAAUGCCUGAGGAUUGGGAAGAGCACAGAGAAUGAAAGCGGGGGGAGGAGGAUAUAAACAAGGCUUCUAAGGACUGGCCGUGCCUGGACUCUUGCUGACUGGGAGUGAGACACUGGUAGAAAGUGCUCAGAUCUCCCUGGUUGGAUAAGAGCAGGGGCCUCGAACAAGUGUGUGCUUAGUGACAGCCACUGCCACAUGCAAAAUCUGAGCCCCCAAGGUGAGAUUUCAGGUUCAGAGGGAAUCAUCAGCCUUCUCAGGCUGACCGGAAGCUGCUAAAAUUCUCAAAUUCCCACCAAAAACAGUUAUGCCCAACUUGGCCUGUUCAUUAGUCUCUGAUCGAGACAGACUUAGUGCUGGGAUAGCAGCAAGUGCCCUAGGCCAGCACUGAGGUGCAUGGCAGCUUUAUGGGGCAGCACUUCAAUGGUCAGGAUGGAGGUGCACUGGCAGAGCUGUGUGGGUGGAGCCCAGGGCUGGCAGAGCAGAGGGUGCUGCAGAUUACAGCUUUGUGGGAAGUUUGCAUGUCCCCUCGCCAACCUCUGCCUGACUCUAGCCAGCACUAAUGGUCCUUGUGUAUGAGCAUUAACUUCAGAGAUAAGAUGAGCAAAGAAAUACCUUUGAUUGGACUCUGCUUCUGUUGGCGAAAGUCACAAGCUAUCGAGCUCCACAGCGCUCUUCUGCCUGCCUGGGAAAGGUAAUCAGAGGGCAUGUCUACAUUACAAUGUUAAGUCCAUGUAAGGGAGCUCAGUGCAUACACAUUACAGUUUUCCUCCUGCCACUGUAACUUACCCGCUACGUUGACCUAGUAAAGCCACCUCAGCGAGAAGCAUAAGGCUUAGGUGGACAUAGCUCAGGCGAUGCAGUGUCUGUAAGGACACUGUGUUCCUUGCAUCACCUGUUAGCA